AUAAUUUGUGCUAGACGGGAGCAUUUGAAAAGGACUUGAGCGCGCAUUGUCACUAAACACGGACGAUGCUGGCUGUAUUAUUCCUCUCGGCUCUUAUGGGCCUCGCUAUUGGAGAUCCAUUGCCACCUGUAAGAAAACACACAGAGAUCAUCCAUGUUCCCGCUCCUAAGCCAGUUGUUCGUCACGUCCCCGCUCUUCAAGAACAUCCAAAACAAAUAGUCCAACAUGUACCGAUUAGACAAACAGUCGUCAAAGAAAUUAAUGUUCCAAGAGACAUAAUCCGUGAAGUGCCAGUAAUCGUCGAAAAGAAAUUGAUUUUGAGGCAACCACAUAUUCGUAAAUUCCCCAUCGAUGUUAAGAAAACUUUGUUGCAGCCACAUAUCAAACACGUACCACAGGUCAGAGUUAACUACCGCAAGAAGCCAUAUGAAGUCUGGCACACGAAAGAAGUGAAAAAGAUCAUUAAGGUUCCACGGCCAUACCCCGUCAUCAAACACAAAAUUGUCACAAAGGUGCUGAAUAGAGUUGUCGAUGUCCCACACAAAGUAUACAAAGACAAAGUUAAAGUCGUUCAAGUACCUCAGCCAUUCAAGGUACAGAAGGUUCACCACAGAAAGAUCGAUGUUCCCAUUGAAGUGCGCGUCCCUGUUCCACGUGUCAAUGUUAAGCGAACACAGGAGGUCCAGAAAGUUCCUAUUGAUGUCACUGUUGUGAAGAAGGUCGGCAUUCCCAGAAAAACAACAUUGACUGAGAUUGUUCCGGUACCAGUGAAGCCAGAAGGAUGUGGCCCAGAUGGGGUAGAUUGUGGAAGUUUUGCUUCUGCUGGUUCUGUUGUUACGGACACCGUAGGUGUUGCAGGAGUGGCUGGUGCAGGAGGUGGAGCGGUUGUUGAAGAUGUUUUAGUAGGUGGAUCAGGUUUCACCGAUUCUGUAGGAGUUGUAGAUCAAUCUGUAGCAGUUCGUGGUGGUGUACGCACCAUCGUUGACGAGGCUGUACCAGUCGUUCCAUUAAUAAAGAAAGUCCGUAAGGUUACGGUUGGUCCAGCUGCUCCUGUUGUCGAAGACACCACUGUAGUCGGUGGUGGCCCAGUUGUCAGGGGUGAUGUUAUAGAAGGUCGAUUAUACGGACCUGAUUUACCAGGUCUUGCACCCGGUGUUGGGCCUGUUGUAGAUCCAACAUUUAUUGAAAGCUCUGUUUCUGGAGGACCAUCUGUCUUGCCACUUCCAGCUGAAACUUACGUACCUGGAGCAGAUUCUUUACCAGAUGUGGUAGCACCAUAUGAUAGAGAUUCCCUAGGGCCAUUGGGUUCAGGCUCUGGUUUGCCAUUACCUGACGGAAGAGUUCAAGAGAUAUAUAACGAAAGAGGAGUAUUCCCCGGUGUUGGCUUUCAAUCUGGUUUUGUGAGUGGUGGUUAUGAUGGAGGAUUAUUGGAUGGUGCCGCUGGUCUGUAUUCAGAAGGACAGUAUCUUGAUGGUGUAAGGUCAGGUUUUGGAAACUCAUUUGAACUUCGGAGCGAUGGUUUCGGAGGUGGAUUUGGCCCUGAUGCUGAUGUGAUUGAGAGGGCUAGAACUACCACAUCCGGAGGUGGAGGGGGAAUCGUUUAUCAGGAGAGAAGAUCAAUACCUAUACUGGUUGGCGGUGACGUCCAAGGAAGAAUUAUUAAGACUGAUGGCGGUGGAUAUGGCCCUAACUAUGAUGACUCAGAUAAUGCAGUCGCUGUAGCUAGUGCCUCUGCAGGAGGCUUGAUCGGGGCUGCUCCCGGAGGCUCUAUCGGGGCCGCUGCUGGGGCCUCUGCCGCUGCCCUGGCCUCGGCUGCCACUUCUGCUGGAGUUUCUGCUGGACAGUUAGGCCUUGGCUUUGUGAACCAAGGCGGUCAUUUCAAUGCUGGUAUAGAUGGCCAUGGAGCUAUUAACGCUCCCUACCCUGACCAUUCCCUCUUUGGUGGUGACAUAAGCAGUGCGCAAGCGCAAGCUCAGGCUCAGGUUUUUGCCCAAGCUCAGAACUUUGCCCAUGCCCAGGCUCAGAACUUAGCCCAUGUCCAGGCUCAUGCUAAUAACAUUGGAGAUUCAUUACAUUCUGAUUUACAGUUAGCCAAUAAUUUAGCAUUUGGUGAUAAUUAUGAUGUCAACAAAUAUGCUUAAUAAGGCUCUGAUCUCUGAGCCGUCGGGUGCUUCGGCUCUUCUUCCUGGGUUUGAGACACCAUUGUACAUUUCUAUAAAUAGAAACAUAUUGACAUUGGCUAUUUCAGUGUGUAACAUUCAUCCUCGGGCGUCUGAAUAUAUUUUAUUAACAAAACUUAA